CAAAAGUGAGGCGACGAUCGACGAAUGAGCUUAAGCUCAUAGUUCUCGACCCGGCAAUCAACAUUUCUCGAUUUUCCAUCUCCAUUCCGGCUCGAAUUGAGAAGCCAGUCACCGCCAUCUCCUGAUCGUUCACGCGCGCAACGCAAGCUUUCAAACCCCAAACUUUCAUCGAGCUUUCCCCGGAUUAUGCUGCAUUACUUUUCCCGCUUUCCGCUUGGACCCGGACCUGGACUCUUCGUCUUGUCUUGUCUUUUUCCCCACACACGCCUUUUUAAUACCUAAUGACGGCGCUAUUGUAUUUGUCCUGGUGGUGUUUGUCCUGUUUGCUUUCCCUUUGUCCACGGUGUUCUCUUAUUCCUGGCGUUCUCUGCAUUAUUCCCAAAGUUUCUGCCGUGUUUGGCGUCCUCCGGUCUAUCAUCCCGAUCUAUUCCCUUUUGGCAAUAGUAGAGGAUCCACCUCUGUCACCUGACCGACCCCUUACUGGGACAAACAGGACAAAUGGGACAAACACGGCAAACAUUGCAUUCUGUAUCAUUACUGCUUUUGCCUUUUUGUUUUUGCGAGGAGUUUCUUUGCUUUCUUUCGGUGUUGACUCGGAGUCGGACUCGGGAUUUUGUGCUGGUCGAUGUGACUACGCGUGGUGUUUUCUUUUGUCAGUGGACUCCGCUGUGGUUCCUUUGGGACGCUAAUUAUCUGGUUGGGAUGGGUGGGAUGUACGAUACUGGACUACUAUCUCUGGUACUGC